AAACGUAGAAGAACCUUUGGUCUGUGACGUCACGGCAACCACAGCGUCUCCUGCGAUGACCCAGACGAGUCGCUGGCUCCACGCAGUUCACACAGGAAAGCGAACUCUGCUCCUUUUACCCCGCGGCCGACGAAGCGGUGACACUUGUGUCAAAUGAAACCCAACAGGCGGCACGUCCUGCUGCUGUGGAUGCUGCUCAGCUCCGGCGUGUCCGAGGCUAUUGAGCCCAUCAGCACAACCAUCGCUGUGGGCAUGGCUGCCACUCUGACAGCUUUCUUAGCUAGCUACCAGAACAUUUUCUACUAUUUCCACGAGUGCUGUCGACCCGAGUGGAUUUCCUUUAAUAAAACUGGUCUGGAGACCGACCUGGAAAACAAGCUGUUCGGGCAGCACAUUGCAUCGCGUAUUAUCCUAAAAGCUGUAAGUGGAUUCAUGGGCAAUGAAAACCCAAAGAAGCCCCUGGUGCUGUCUCUUCACGGCUGGACUGGCACAGGGAAGAACUUUGUUAGUAAACUGAUUGCUGAAAACAUCUACAAGGAGGGAAUGGACAGCAGCUUUGUUCAUGUUUUCACAUCUACACUUCACUUUCCUCAUCCCAGUCAGUACCUGACCUACAAGUCUCAGCUACAGCAGUGGAUCAAGGGCAAUGUCAGCAAUUGUGAACGCUCCAUGUUUAUCUUCGAUGAGAUGGACAAGAUGCAUCCCGGCUUGAUUGACAGUAUUAAGCCAUACCUGGAUUACUAUGACAAGCUGGAUGGAGUUUCAUAUAGGAAAUCCAUCUUCAUCUUCCUCAGCAAUGCUGGCGGUGACAGGAUCAUACAAACCGCUUUAGAUUUCUGGAAUGCAGGACGAAAUCGGAACGAAAUUGAGCUCAAAGACCUGGAAACACUCAUAUCUCUAUCAGUUUUUAAUGACAACCAAAGUGGCUUCUUUCAUACAAGUUUGAUCGACAAGAACCUGGUGGAUUUCUUUGUCCCAUUCCUGCCUUUGGAGUACCAACACGUUGUUCAGUGUGCCCUGUCUGAGAUGAAAGUCAGAGGACAUGAGCCUGAUUUUGAAGUGGCACACAAGGUGGCCAAAGACUUAGUGUAUUUUCCUAAAUCUGAAAGAGCGUUCUCUGUCAAGGGCUGCAAGACAAUAGAGAGCAAACUGGACUACUACACAUAAUGUCAGCAUCUGGACCGAUGCUACGCUCGAUCACUUGUGCACUUUUUUACAGAAAAAUUAUCUUACCCAGAUAACUUAAAAAGGUCAAGCUGAUGGAACUCUCAACAGAAGUCCAACGUUGUGACCAUGAAGAGACAUAAAAAAGGUUUUCUCUAACAUUAAAUCGUUUUUUACAAUAAGUGGAGGCUGAUGAAAGAUAAAUAAUAGGAUGGGAAGGAUAUCUUUUUGUAUCUAUUUAAGGGGGUGAUGUCCUCUUUUGUCACACUGCAAGGAGAAUCUCAGACUGUUUUUCUGAGGACCUCCCACAUGUCCUCCCGACUAUAGCAUAUCACUGUAUGUAUGGAUUACUGAUCAUGCCUUGUUUUUAAAUUUCACUUUUUUUUAAGAUCUGAUUUUUUUUUUGUCUUUUACACAUUCACUGUACAAAAACGACUUUGAACAGUGGGUCAGGUUGGGCAGUCAGUACAGCAGUCCUUGCAAAUGCAGAUAAUAUCUAAUUAGGCUCCCUGUUACCAUGAUUCAAGCUGUGUUUGGACACUGCAUAAGCUCGGGAAAAUAUUCCUGCAACCCCCAAAAAUGAAUUUAUACGUUUUUAACUCUUCCAACUGAUUCUUUAAUACACCUAUGAUUUAAAAAUCAAAUUAUUAUUUGAAAUAAAGAUCAGUUAAUUGUUUAAUAUGUUUACGAGAUGUAGAACUUUUGCUCCAGUCCAGCUAAAAGGUUUCUUUUGAAACAAUGCUACUGUCGCAAUGCCUGAGUUCAAUAAAGUCAUGUAUUUUUGUUUGUAAA